AUGCAACAGGAUUCCAAGAGAAGAGCAAGAGACGGAGAAGAAUAUUACGAUGAGGAGGUGGACGGGAGGUUUGGUGUUGUUGACUGGCUUAGAGUUGGGUUUGGUGUGGUGCUUGCUUCUCAGAUAGUUGCGAAAUGCGUUUUUGGGCACUGGUGGUCGUUGUCGGGUGUUACGCCUUUUGGUGGUGGGAGACACGAGGCCACGAUAAAACCACUGCCUGCACCAUACUGGGGGCUGCAUGGGUAUUCACUUCCACACGUUUUUAGUCUUGAGGAAUUAGCGCGAUUUUCUGGUGAGAAGUACGUAGAUGGUGAAGGGGAAAAGCUUUCCCCGAUAGUGCUUAGUAUCAACGGAACAGUGUUUGACGUUACUUCGUCCCCUAGGUUCUACGGGCCCUGGGGCCCAUAUCGGAAAUUCACAGGUACAGAUUGUUCGAACAACUUUCAGUUUGGCAUGUUCGACUAUCAUCAUGCCUACAACACGCCGUGUCACUGGAACAUUACCGACUUCACGGAAGAUCAGCUGGCCAAAGUUAGAGGGUGGUACGAAUUUUUCACUACGAAGUACCCUAUCGUUGGCACGAUCCAGUUCCCUCCAGCUGAAAACGCAGCAGGCUAG